AUGCGGAGAUUAUUUUUCAUUAGUUCUACAACUCAUAUUUUCAUCUGCAUUGUUGCGAUUUUCACCCAAUCUAGGUGGGUUUCAAAGGGAAAAUUCUGAUUUUCGACGAGGAAAAUUGAUUUCAGAACCCUAUCGAAUACAGUUUCCAUGGCGUUACUUUGCAAUGGACUCUGCAAAUUUUUGGGUCCCGAAUUCUGUUUCGUGUCCUAUGUGUUGCAAUUGGUUGGUUUUUGAUAAAUUGAAAAGAUCCAAAAAAACUUGAAGAAUUUUAGCUUCUAAAAGGAUAAAAAAAAUCUCUAGCUUUGAUUUUUUCACGUUUCAUGGACCCUUCAAGACAGAGAUCCUCAUUUUUGUUCUCUUUUUUUUUUAAAAUGAUUGCUCAGAACAUAUGUAUGAGCUUUUUCAAUAAAAUCUCGGGUUUUUGUUUUUUCCAAACUUAGUUCAGUUUUCCGCUCAAAAACCUGAUGAAAACAGGUCUAGACAAUUCCAAAAAAAGGAAGAAAUCUCCCAUGGAUUCAACAGAUUUCAUUUUUUUUAUCCCCUACAUUCAUUCAAGCUCAAAAAAUAAACUCGUCAAGUUCGUUUCAGACCGUCUCGGCCACCGGAGGCCUAAUGAAUCUUCACAUUUUAUUCUACCGGUAUAUGAGUCUGACCCGUGGCCAGGACAUGUUCCGAUAUUCUCUGCGAUUUUCAUUCGUUUAUGUAGUCUUGAUGUCUCUUUGUGUGAGUUUUCACAAGUUUUUUAAUGAGAAAAAAAGGUUUCGGCACAAUUUCCAUCUUCAGACAUUUUUUUUCAAAAUCGAGAAAAAAAUGAAUUUCUUUGGUUUCUUAACCUGAACGGUUGCUUUCGCGAAAUGGCUUACGAGAAAAAUUGAUUUUUUUUGCAUCCGACUUUGAACUACUUUCGCGCAUCGGCAUUCUUCAGCAUGUAAAAAGGCCGCUCAAGCAUCCCAUUUUUCUAACCGCAACGCGACCGCGACGCGUCAAGCCAUUCGAAGGCCGUUCAAUAUGAUCAUUUUUGGUAUUUUUCAAGAGAUUAUGUUUCCAUCUGCCAAAUGACCCUCAAAUAACCAAAUUUGGUUGAGAAUUAAAAAAUUUGAAAGUCAUCGAAAAAAUGUUGAAACUCUUUCAGAUCAUCUCCUUCAUCCCGGAACAGGAUUUCGAAGCCGUUCAGGCGGAAACUCAUCGGGAACACCCCGAUUAUGACUUGAAAAGCUACAAGAACUUUGGCGGAUUUGCUAAUUCCCAUCAUUGGUGUAUGAAAACUGUUACUUGGACUCUCGUCGCCAUGUCAGUUCUCUUGCCGUCGAUCGCAAUUUCCUGGCGAAGGUGA